CUCGUUGCAUAUCAAAAUAAUUUUCUAUGUAGUCUUCGUGACGCAAGUUUCGCUGUCGGUCGGCCCAAAAUGUCCCUAAUAAAAAAAUAACCGCCACGGAUUAUAUAGUGAUAUAAAAUGAUAUGUACAGUUUAUAGUAGUAUGUCAAUUGCUGGAGUGACAAUGGAUUGUAAUGCAAGGAAUGUCGUUUUUAGGUAAAUUUGUUAGCAGGUUUUAUAAUGCCUGACUGGUGGUGGCUGUUCAUGGCUGCCAUUUUUGGCGCCAUUUCAGCCCUGACAGUUCCAUUAGCAUUAUUGCUGUAUUUUGUUAGACCGUUUGAGAAAGCACAGCAAACAGAUGAAGACUUUAACAUUCCAAUCACAUUACCUCCUGAAAUCCUGAAUGAAUUAUGUCAUGGUGCUGGAAGUACACCAGAGGGAGCCCUGAAUGGGAUGCUACAAUUUAUCUUUCAACAAAGUACGGCUGACACCCGAUGGUUAAGAAGACGUAUGGCGAAUGAGCUGGCGGAAUUACUUGCUAAGACAUCAUCAGGAAAGAUAUUCGAAUCUCUUACGUUACGUUCACUAGAAGUAGGAACAGAAUUUCCCAGUUUAUCAAACCUCCGGGUAGUGAGCGGAGAGUUAGAGGAAGAUGGUGCGAGGCUCCGAUCCUUAGACUUACGACUAGAUUUGACUUAUGACGGCAGCUUCAGGAUCGAAGUUGACGCUGUUAUGUUAUUGGGGAAGAUCGCUAACAUAUCUAUCACGGUCGAAAGCAUCAGUGGCACUGUCCGUGUGAUGUUCCGUAGAACGCCAUACACACACUGGGCGCUGGCAUUCGAAAACCAGCCUAAACUUGAGCUCCGAGUACGAGGUCGCUUCCAAGGAAGACAGCUCAAGCCAAGAUUGGCAGCCCUUGUCGCCGCACAUAUAAGGCGAGCGGUUGCACAGAGACAUACACUUCCUAAUUACAAGAUACGGUAUAAGCCAUUCUUCCCAAAGUCAGAACCUGGCAGCACCGAAGCCGAAGAUGGUCCUACACCACAAGGCCGACUAACCGUCAGGCUGGUAGAAGUCAGUCGGUUGUAUUGGCCCGGAAAUAUCGGCAUUGUUCGAGCCGCUCUAGCUGUAGAUUCUCAUGCUUGGGUCUCCCUAAGACGUGGUAUUCUAGUACUCGAUAUAGUACUCCCAGCAGUGAGUGGCACUCUGGGCCUUGUGUGCUGUCAAGGUGUUGGUGUCGUCCUAGUCGACACGGUUGUACCGAUGUCACCUGCAUACAGAGCUGAUCUUCGGAGAGACGACGUGGUUUUAGCGAUAGAUAACAAGCCUGUUACUAAUGUAGCACAGGUUGGCAAACUCCUACGAAGCGUUGAGCGUCGUGCGGUAAUAGUCCGUGUACGCCGGGGUGGGGCCGGAGGUGUGGCAAGAAGAGAUGACGAACCAAAACGAUUGAGAACUAACUUCUCCUUUAGACGGGUUUCAGAAGUCAUGGAGGGAGUGAAGGGAUUACAAGGAAUGCGAACUGCUUCUAAGAAUAACGUGCAAGAUUCAGAUUCUCCAGCGAAGACAGUUGAGCAAAACGAUAUCGAUACAAAAGAUACAGGAAAACAAAAGAUUGAAAUAACACGGCAGCUCACUAAAUCCACAGAUUCUAUAGGACCUAGUAAUUUUGGGCUACGAAAACGAAGGUGUUCCGUUGAAAACAAGUCCUCUGACAGUUCUGCUGGUAGCACACCACCAGCUUCUGGAGCUAGUACACCGCUUCGCCAAGUUACAACCAAUAAAACAGUUAAACAUCCUGACGUACCCAUUAUACGUACAGAAACCGAAUGCAAGGUUUCUGAAAAAGAAAUUGAAGAAGAUGAAAUCUUCGAAGCUGGCGGUCCACGACAGACGGAGCAUGUUGAGAUAUGCCAAAUGUUUUGGACGAAAAAUGUCCAACUAAAGCCAAUCAUUCCUUUCGAUGAAGAGACGGAUUUCAAGCUAAAUGAGAAUCAUAAAUACCUCAAUAUUAACGUUUGGGUGACCGUCCCGGGAGAGAAAGAUGAGGUGUUACUAGGGUACCUUAACAUUCCACUGGCGGCACUAUUAUCUGAAUGUCAAGAUUCAACUGUGCCUCAUCACAUGAAACGGUACCAGUUUCUCCCGCCCGACGUUGAUAUAAAAUUUAGCAAAAGCCACAAACUCUCGUCUCACGCUGGCUUUGAACCGUGCCUAUGUUUUGGAGAUGCAUUGGUGUGGUGGGAGUGGGAAGGCGUUACAGGCACUCGUUCUUCCCCUCGCCCUGCAACUAGAGUCCCGUCGCGCGCUCCUGUGGUGUCUACGUCUGUGACGUCACACGAUUUCGUACGUACGCACUUCCAUCGGUCCACACAAUGCGACUUCUGUAAUAAAAAGAUUUGGCUCAAAGACGCAAUGCAAUGUCGAAACUGUGGAUUGUGUUGUCACAAGAAAUGCGUUACCAAGUGUCAGGAGACCUCACCAUGCAUACCCAAGCAGAAUCGAGAAACGACUGGGUUUCAACCUCCCGAGCUAAUAACGACCGAGGCCGAUGGCGACCCAGACUCCGAAGAAGACGAAAAAGGAGAAAGAAAGGAUUCCCUAGACGUACACGAAGAAGGCGGUGGAGCUAUGAGUGCGCUGGUUGCAGGGCUUCGAAGGGCUGGAUCCGCUCACUCCCUUUGUGUGGCUAAGAGCAACUCAUCCUCCAGAUCGUUACCGCCUUCUCCGAGCCAUACACCAAGGAAGGGAUCCCUGGAGUCAGGCAACCCGUUCAGUGGGUGUGGCGCGUCGUGGUUAUCCCAAGGGGAGGUUGGGGCGGUAUUGGCCCCCGUGGUGCGGAGCGACUUGCCGCCCGACGCACUUCUUGCAGCCGCCCGAGAUUCCGCGCCCGCCCUUGCCGCUGCUCUAACUGCUGCACAGAUACACGAUAUGCUACAAGCCGUACGCGAAGAACUAUCAGCUUCAGACGCAAGUGGUGAGGAGGGAGGAGAGGGCCGCGCCUGCGCUCUUACAGCUCUUAUGCUGCAUUGUUGCGCCGCCGCACAACUCGCACAGCGACCAGAUAACACUUAACUCCUUUUCCCAUAUUAAAAUGGUACUACAAAUGUUAUAACGUUAACCUCGGAUCUUUUUAAAUAAUUGUGAACCUUCGUUCCUUUACAGUAUGGUUUUAAUUCACUUGCAUUUUAUAUGAGAUGCUCCUAUUGACGUUGUCGUUAAAAAUAGAACCUUAAGUCAAUUAAACAAGGAUUUAAUUGCGGAAGGUUUUAGUCUUUACUAUGAAAGCUAUAGUUUUCGUCUAGUUAUGAAUUAUGUAAAUAUUCUUUUAAAUAGUUUUAUCCUUUUAGAUGAAGCUGAGAGGGGUGAAGUCCGGAACUAAAUAUAUAACGUAUCCUUUAAAUGUUUGUUACUCGCGCUAGGUUGUGUCGGGAGGAUCUUAUAUCUCUUUUAAAUAGUAAGAAAGAAAGAAAUAAAUAAAACUGUAACUUGUAAGCCAGGCAUAUCACGAUACUAGGAAUUCCGCGAUUUCCAACGAGAGAAAAUAGUAAAGACGGGCGCUAGGAGUGAGAAUCAGAAACAAUUCUCGCAUGAAAUAUGAUAUUAUUCCUUUAUAUUUGACGUUCAGAAGUCAGACUUAGAGCUAAGUUUCGUUUCUGAUACUUACCCUAGGAUUAAGGAUUAUUGUCAUACUGGUUCUAGUACCCGUUCUUUUUUUCUUAAAUAGGAUUUGGUCAAUUAAUUAAUACUGAAGUCGUCUCAGAUGCUGCAGUCCGCCCUCACUACAUAUUGUUAUAUAUAAGGUUUACUAAAAGACUCGUAUUUUUAUUUACUUUUUUAUUCCAAAACCAUACAUAAAUAAAGCUACAAAGACGUCAUUGUGAAGCACGAAGUCUGCAUGAUUGUUGAGACUUAUAGUAAACCUAAACGUAAGACAGACAUUACGAGAGAAAAACGGUCUUUAGGUAUUUGCCUAAAAAUGUACAUAGAAAUUAUAUAUUAGUUAAAGAAGAACAAACUAUGUUUAUUAACAAUAAGGUGCAAUUUUGCUUGUCGUUGCUGUGAUGACUCAUUGUGAGGAGAGCGGGGUCAAACUGAUCUCGAACUUCUCACAAUUGGAUACAUUAAAUGCAUUGUUCAUUGUG